GCGUCCCACUAUUGCACUUAAAUUCACCGGCUUAUCAGUUAAUUUAAGUUAAAGUAACAAUUAUAUUACAAAACAAUAGUAUUUUAACAUGGAAUCAAAUAAACGUGGUGCCUUUAUAGUAUUUGAAGGGUGUGAUCGUGUUGGCAAAUCAACGCAAAGCAACAAAUUGUUCAAACUGCUGAAGGACAAAGAUGUGGCUGUAAAGCAUAUCAAUUUUCCGGAUCGUAGCACAAUAAUUGGCGAUCUGAUCAAUAGGUUUCUAAAGAACACCCAGGACUUGUCCAAUGAAGUGAUUCAUCUGCUCUUCUCUGCGAAUCGUUGGGAGCGCGUGAACAGCAUCCAAGAGGAUCUGCUUGCUGGAACGACAGUAAUAUGUGAUCGAUAUGCCUACUCCGGCGUCGUCUAUUCGGUAGCCAAAGGACUGGACAUGGAUUGGUGCUGGGCACCCGAUCGAGGGUUGUUGAAACCGGAUGCUGUAUUCUAUUUAAAGGCAAAUCCCGACCAGUUGGCAUCUCGCUGCAAUUUCGGCACAGAGCGGUAUGAAAAAUUGGAACUUCAGCGUAAAGUGAGCGAGCUAUUUGACGAUUUUAACGAAAGGGAAUCCAGCUACUGGCAUCAGUUCGAUGCAUUCGAAACGGAGCAGGAGCUGCAUUCGCAAAUUUCAACCAUUGUUGAAAAGCUAUUGCCGCAAGUGGCAGACAAACCGCUGGAAAAGCUCACAUAACAAUCAAUAAAAUGGAUGGAUUUUCAUUGAUUUACACAUUAAGCGCACGAUUUACAUUAAAUUUUCGAUUGACGCAUUGAGAUAUAUGCAUUUGUAAAUAGUAAAAAAAUAAACAAUAGUUUAACAA